AUGGCUCGAAAUGAAAAUACUAUUUCUGAUUCUCCCAUUUCAACAUGUGUAACCACCAAAAGUCAUGACAAGAAUUAUUAUUUAUCAUUGAUGAAUCCACAAUUAAUGUAUAUUCAAGAUAUUGUUUUUCUUAGAAAUGAUCAUUAUUUUUCAUCAUCAUCAUCAUCAUCAUCAUCAUCAUCAUCAUCAUCAUCAUCAUCAUCACUAUCUUUCGUGAAUCGUGAUUUGUUUCUUAGUAUAUACGAUCCUUUAAAAGUAUUACAAUGUCAUGAAAAAGAAUAUUAUGUUAGAUAUCAUCAUCAUAAAAAUAAUCUGUCUCACAUUAUUGAAUUUUGGAUAGCUAAACCAUUUGUUGAUACAUUAGAAGAAAGAUUGGAAAAAAUAAGUUAA